GGCACAUCGGGCUGGACUCCGGGCAGAGGCACAUCGGGCUGGACUCCGGGCAGAGGCACACCGGGCAGAGGCACAUCGGGCAGGACCCCGGGCAGAGGCACAUCGGGCUACCAGGCGGAGCGGCAGGCACCGGGCCCCCGGGCGGAGCGGCAGGCACCGGGCCCCCGGGCGGAGCGGCAGGCACCGGACCCCCAGGCGGGGCGACAGGCACCGGGCCCCCAGGCGGGGCGACAGGCAUCGGGCCCCCAGGCGGGGCGACAGGCAUCGGGCCCCCAGGCGGAGCGGCGGGCGCCGGACCCCCGGGCGGAGCGGCGGGCGCCGGACCCCCAGGUGGAGCGA